UUCUUUGCAAGACUGCCCUAAUCCCAUUUAAUGAACUAAUUAAUGACACCGGAAUGAUAAAGGCACAGACCGAGGCCUCAAGCAACUGAAGUGGAAUCUGGCCUGGACCUGUCUCACUGCAAAACUUCAUCUUUAAUGGUAGAAUCCAAAAGGACCUGUGAAGGAAAAGGAAACCACAGCCAUAAUCGCCCGGAGAUGGAGUCGAAGCUUAGCUUUGCAGGGCCAGUCCACCUCUGGCUCUGCUUUACCCAGUCUUGACUAGGAGGGUGGUCAGGCAGCAAGACCUGGACUUCAGGUUUCUCCAUAGUUGGAGAGGAGGGUGUCAACCGUGUGUCUCAGACACUGAGGGAAGAACCCUUGGCAAUAUAGUCUGAAAACCUUCGGGGUAAUUCUGACCAGCAGCCACAGGUUGGUCCUGUCUCCUAUAACCAACAUCCCUGUCAGAGAACUUCCACAAAGUUUGUUUUAGUGAGAAGUCUCAACUCUGGGAAGAGUUUUAAUGCCACUUCUGUCAGAAGCAGCCUUCUACCCCAGGAAAGUGUCUUGAAAACUUCAGGACCAGCCUGUUCUGUGAAGCCAGCAUCCACCAAGUCAUCUAGAUGAUCUAGACUCUUGUGUCCCCAUGGCCUAGCACCCAAGCUGGAGUUGACAGCUGAGCUGGAUGGUCUUCCCUGGCUUAUAGGUGGACCCUGGAAUAAUGAAGUCACACUAAAGGUGCAUGUCAGUGACGCCAGUACCCACCAGCCUAUCGCAGAUGCGCUUAUUGAGAUCUUCACCAACCAGGUCUCCAUUGCCUCUGGCACGUCAGGGACAGAUGGUGUCGCCUUCGUCAAGUUCCAGUACAAGCUGGGCAGUCAGUUGAUCGUCACCGCCACAAAGCAUGCCUACGUGCCAAACUCUGCCCCGUGGAAGCCAAUCCGAUUACCUGUAUUUUCUUCGCUGAGCCUUGGCCUGCUUCCAGAGCGAUCUGCUACUCUAAUGGUCUAUGAAGAUGUUGUCCAAAUAGUAUCAGGAUUCCAAGGUGCCCGGCCACAGCCUCGCGUUCAUUUCCAGAGAAGGGCCCUGAGGUUGCCUGAGAACACCAGCUACAGCGACCUGACCGCUUUCCUCACGGCUGCCAGUUCCCCCUCAGAGGUGGACAGUUUUCCUUAUUUGCGAGGAUUAGAUGGAAAUGGAACAGGAAACAGCACCAGGUAUGACCUGACCCCCGUCACGGCUGUCAGCGUCCACUUGCUCAGCAGCAAUGGAACCCCGGUGCUGGUGGACGGUCCCAUCUACGUCACUGUGCCGCUGGCCACCCAGAGCAGUCUGAGGCACAAUGCUUACGUGGCAGCAUGGCGGUUUGACCAGAAGCUGGGAACGUGGCUGAAGAGUGGUCUAGGCCUUGUGCACCAGGAAGGCAGCCAGCUCACGUGGACGUACAUUGCCCCCCAGCUGGGGUACUGGGUGGCAGCCAUGUCUCCUCCCAUCCCAGGUCCCGUUGUAACACAGGACAUUACCACGUAUCACACGGUGUUUCUUUUGGCCAUUUUAGGAGGAAUGGCUUUCAUACUUUUGGUUUUGCUGUGUCUCCUUUUAUAUUAUUGCAGGAGGAAGUGCUUGAAACCCCGUCAACACCACAGAAAACUGCAGCUUCCAGCAGCCCUCGAGAGUUCCAAAAGAGAUCAGUCCACUUCCAUGUCGCACAUCAACUUGCUGUUCUCUCGUCGGGCAUCGGAAUUCCCGGGACCUCUGUCUGUUGCCAGUCAUAGCCGCCCAGAGGCCCCAGGGACCAAGGAGCUGAUGAGUGGGGUCCACUUAGAAAUGAUGUCCCCCAGUGGAGAGGGGGACCUGCACACACCCAUGCUGAAGCUCUCCUACAGUACCUCACAAGAAUUUAGCUCCCGGGAAGAAUUGCUCUCCCACAAGGAAGAAGAUAAAAGCCAAACCUCCUUUGAUAACUUGACUCCGAGUGGGACACUGGGCAAAGACUACCAUAAGUCAGUGGAAAUUUUUCCCUUGAAGGCAAGAAAAUCCAUGGAAAGAGAAGGCUACGAGUCCCCGGGCCACAAUGACUACAGGGGAAGUUACAACACUACACUCUCCCAGCCUUUAUUUGAAAAGCAGGACCGAGAAGGCCCAGCAUCCACAGGAAGCAAACUCGCCAUUCAGGAACAUAUGUACCCUGCGCCUUCAUCUCCUGAAAAAGAGCAACUGCUGGACCGCAGACCUACUGAAUGUAUGAUGUCGCGAUCAGUGGAUCACCUGGAGAGACCUACAUCUUUCCCACGACCAGGCCAAUUGAUCUGCUGUAGUUCUGUGGACCAGGUCAAUGACAGCGUUUACAGGAAAGUGUUACCUGCCUUGGUCAUCCCUGCCCAUUAUAUGAAACUCCCAGGGGACCAUUCCUAUGUCAGCCAGCCUCUGGUCGUCCCAGCAGACCAGCAGCUGGAAAUUGGAAGACUUCAGGCUGAGCUCUCCAACCCCCAUGCCGGGAUCUUCCCACACCCUUCCUCUCAGAUACAGGGCCAACCCUUGUCUUCCCAGGCUAUCUCUCAGCAGCACCUGCAGGAGGCAGGCACGCGGGAAUGGAGCCCUCAGAACGCAUCCAUGUCAGAGUCUCUGUCCAUCCCAGCAUCCUUGAAUGAUGCAGCUCUGGCUCAAAUGAACAGCGAGGUGCAGCUCCUGACAGAAAAGGCUCUGAUGGAACUUGGUGGUGGGAAACCACUUCCACAUCCCCGGGCUUGGUUUGUCUCCCUGGAUGGAAGGUCCAAUGCUCAUGUUAGACAUUCAUACAUUGAUCUCCAAAGAGCUGGAAGGAAUGGAAGUAACGAUGCCAGUUUGGACUCUGGUGUGGAUAUGAAUGAACCAAAAUCUGCCCGCAAGGGAAGGGGAGACCCUUUGUCUCUCCAGCAGAGUCACCCACCUGUCCAAGAGCACCAGCAGAAAGAGCCCAGGGCCCCAGACAGCGCCGCCUACACACAGCUGGUGUAUUUGGAUGACAUGGACCCAAGCGGCAGCGAGUGUGGGACCACAGUCUGCACCCCCGAGGACAGUACGCUGCGAUGCUUGUUGGAAGGCUCAAGUCGGAGAAGUGGUGGACAGCUGCCCAGCCUGCAAGAAGAGACGACCAGACGAACUGCAGAUGUCCCCCCAGAGCCGUUAACCAGUCCCCACCAGAGAAGAUCUGCUCAUGAUGAGGAUGAAGACGAUGACGAUGAUGACGACCAAGGAGAAGACAAGAAGAGCCCCUGGCAGAAACGGGAGGAGAGACCCCUGAUGGCAUUUAACAUUAAGUGAGCUGUCACAGAGCCACCCAGCUGUGGAAUAUAACCUUGCCAAAUAUCCUUUCUUACUGAAGCGCAUACCUGUUUGUGGAGGAGCCGAACAUCGGCGACCAGGGGAACGGACGUUCGCUGCGUUGGCAUGGCCGUGUCAAUGGUAGGAAGGAAUUAAAGUUAUUACUGGGAAUAAAGGAUGACUGGUCGGUGCCGCACCUCCAGGGAGGUGGCUAGAAGUGUCUGAACGUCGUUCCACAGACUUGACCUGUCCACCCACCAGGGACCCUGCAAAACCGCCCGUGAUGUUGCUACACUCCAAGGAUCACCUCAGUUCUCCCUCGGAUUCUGGGAACAGAUGAAACUCUAUUUGCAUUGCUUGAAUCCAUUUUCUCACGAUAAUGCUACUGUGAAGCUAUUCUUGAGAAAUGAGGGUGGCACUUUGUGUCCCAAGGUAGGCAUUAUCUCCAAGGAAAGCUAUGCAUUGCUGCUUUGUUUCUUAUUUUGCUUAGAUUUUGCUUUGGUUAGGGUUCGUUUGGGAGUUUGCUUCUUCUUCUCCCCCCCCCCCAAUACAAUUUGGUUGUAAAAAUUGUAUUCCCUCAUUUUAAUCUGUUCUACUUCUCAGUGGUUUAUUUUGGUGUCUCCCUUCAGGAACUCCUGAGUGUCAUCUUUAAUAUCCAAGCCUUUUAAUGAAAUCGUACUGAAAUUUUUAUCAGCUAAGAGUCUUUCAAUUCUGGUCCCAUUAACUCCAAGUGCCUUUUUUACAGUGACAACAGACAGUCCCUCAGUUUUUUGGUUUUUCUUAAUCCCUUUAAUUGAACUGCCUGGAUUUUAUAUAAAGUUAUUAAAUGAUACCCCUUUUGUUAAACUGCAUGCUGCCAAGUGCCAUUUGUGCUCAGCAUUCUCAUUUCAGCUCAGUGUACUCUCUAGUUACCAUGUGUAAUGUGGGUUCUGUUUAGCUAAGAUAGACUAGAGGACACUUUAGAGAUGCCCUUCCCUACCCCAUCCCUUUGGCCACUAGCCACCGUUAUGGUUUUACUGGCUGUUUGUAUAUACGGUUGGUUGCAUAUUAACUCUGGAAUCCUAUGGGCUGAUCUUGCUCGGCAAACAUGAGAGUAUGGACUGAGCAAGGGGACUGAAUGUGAUUAUUAAAAAAAUCUUAUGUACUAUCCAAAAGUGCCAGAAUGACUCUUCUGUGCAUUCUCUCUAAAGAGCUGCUUAGUUAUCCAAAAAUGAAAAUUCAAAAUAAACUCAGAAGAAAAUAAAACUAUUUUUGUGAUCAUUUUAAUUCACUCUGAACCAUUAUCUGUUGCAAAAUCGUUACCAAGACUUUUUAAAUCAUUCCUUGACAGCCAAAAAUGUGGUGGUUAGACUUGUAAACAGCCACGCAGGAAUUUUCCUUAAAACCCACCUUUGUCUUUAGUGUCAUUCAAGAACACAAGGUAACAUUUUGUUUUUUUCAGGUAAGGAGAGAUGUCUGUAUAUUACAGGAAACUGGUGCUUUAGGUUCAGUAUUGAUCCAUCUUGGAACAGCUUCAAGAAGAUUUUGUUAAAAUGACCAAGUCAUCCUAGAUGUAUAAUGCUGUUCAUAAUGGAGAUGAUGUCAGAACAUAGAUUGGAGGAAAUAAAUUGAACCAGCUAUGUUUACAGUCAGCAGCUUCCUUACAAAAUCUUCAUUCAUGAAUUUCUUACAGAUAGAAAAUCAAGCUGGUUGCUAUGAUUUUAAUUCUUCAGUGGUAACAUUUAGUAUUUGGCUUUCAAGAAGGGAAAUGGUUGAGAAAGUUUCCCAACAGUGAGACAAGUCAAUGGCGGUCAGGAACCUGUGGUCUAAGGAGUGAGGUAGAGUUUUCAGGAGUGAACGUUCUCACCAGUAGGUGGCGGUGAAACCGUACAGACUGUGCUAAGACUCCAGGAAGGAGUCAUUUGUCAACUCCCUCUAAACAAAGUGUAAGUUGCCUCCUGGAGAAUGCCCAGGGCCAGACGUUGGUGGUGGGGGCAGAGAGAAGGAUGCCAGAGCUCCCUGCUGUCCCUGGUCCCCCUCAGCCUAGGGCUGCUGCCAGUAGAAUCACUUCCUUCAAGCAUCAGUUUCCAGGGAAACCCUGUUUGAUCAUGUCACCUGUGGGAAGCGGAUGACACAUGAACCCUUGGCACUGAUUAUAGGAGAUCUGGCAGGAAGAUUGGGGCAGGGGAGGGCUGCUCUUCUGACUCCUUAACUGAGACAUAAUCUGAGUUGGCUGUGAUCAUGGAAAUUAUUGAUCAGCCAGCAGUGGCCACAACGUGGGAAGGCAAGCCAAAUGGGUUUGCCAAAAAGAAAUUGGUUCUUCCAAAAGUGAAGUCGAAUUGACCUUACCGUUAUCCAUAUUGGACCUUAGAGGUUAACAUUUUUUCUCAUGGUGCUAAUACUGAUCAUCAGACUAGAAUUCUCCGGACAGAGUACUGUGACUGCAGACUUUGAACAUUUCAUUUAUCUUUCCCUGUAGCCUGGUGCAGGUGGUGAGGGUAAAAUAUGUCACGGUAUUCUAAAUCUAUUGUAUUGUCUAAAGGACCAGAGGCAUCAAAGGCAUCUUGCUUGUGCCACCUAAUGGUGAGUUUCACUCGCCUGCCUGGCAGCAGAUAUCUAGUCGCAGGUCUCCAUGGCCAGCUCUGGGAGGUGGAAGAGGGCAUGCCCAGGGAUGAAUCAGAGCCUGGUCUGUCUACAGGCGAGGAGGGUGAGGAGACUGUGGUCCAUGGGGUCCCUAACCGGAAAGAGUAUUGAGAACAAAAAUUUAUUCCAGUUUCAAAAGCUUGUCCAGAAGAUGUGUCUAUUCUUUGUUUUCUACCUAAUCAACCAAAUGAAGGAGUGGUGGUUAAAUAAUUGAAGUCACUCAGCUCACAAGAAGUGAUGUGCUCAAACCAGCCCUCUGGAAAUAAAUUCAUUUGUGCUAUAAAUGUUCCUAAUGAAGCAUGUGUCAGACACAACUUGCAAAUAA